CUGCUUCACUGGUAUAUAUAGCAUUUAUACAUUACUCUGGUAUUCUUAUUCUCAACUUUCUUUUGGUCUUAGUCCUACACUGCUCAGCUUUUCUGCCAGUGUUUCCUAUCAAAUACUGGUUGCUUGAAGUUUGUCCUCUUCUAGAAGGUUCCGUGAUUACAUUAUUACCUGAUUUCUUGAAUCUCUAAUAUGAUCGACGUCUUCCCAGAGCCUGGAUACUUUUAAAGGAUCACGUGGCUGGAUAUACAACCCUUGACUUCUACUUGGUUAUUUGUUGAAAAGGUUGCUGCACUGACCUCACUUUGUUUAUUGGUGACAGAGUCUCUUGCCCAAUCUACAUGUUUGUUUGCUUAUUGAGACUUGAUCUUUCUGUCCAGAGGAGACUUCUUCACUUUUAAGGUUUACAGUUUCCUUAAAGCAUGUCUUAGGAAGGACUGUUUCAGGUCAGCUUUCCUGACGGAAAAGGAAAGUUCAUGGUGGUCCUUAAAAUAUGCGGGUAAGAUCUCUUUUUAUUUCUGGGCAAUUUUCUUAGAUAAUGGUUUUUAAUACUGUAUUUAUUCCAUUGUUUUCUUUUUUUCUCUUUAGAGACUACAGUCACACAUAUAAUUUUAAUUAAAAACAUGUAUUUUAUUAUUUUGUAGAUCACCUGCUUUAUCCAGAACUUUCUCUGUGAUCCAGUUUUCUUUCUUUGGUUUUAUUGUCAUUCUUUUUUCUGCUCUAUUGUCAUGUCUUUUUUCCAUGCUGUUUAUUAAAAUUUCAUUCAAGUCUCUUUUCUCUUCAUGCUUCCUAUGAGUUGUCCUGACCCGCUCUGACAAAACACCACAGAGUGGGUGGCCUAUGUAGCAGAAAUUUAUUUUUUACUCAUCUGGAGGUUGUAAGGCAGGAUGAAGGUGCCUGCAGGGUGCCUUCUGGUGAGCCCUCUCUCUCCAGCUUGUGGCUCUCUCCUUACAUGGCUUUUUUUCUGUGCACACAGGGAGAGCAGGCAAGUGCUGGUAUCUCUUCGGCUUCUGAUCAGGAGGUCAUUCCUAUCCGAUAAGUGCUACACCCUGAUGACGUAAUUCAAACCUUAAUUAGCCUCCUUAAAGGCUGUGUCUCCGGAUGCAGUGACAUGGGGGAUUAGGGCUUCAGCAUACGAGUUUGGGAGGGGGACAGCUGAGCUCAUAACCAGGUUCUUACAAUUUGAGUCAUAUUCUAAGAUCACUCUGGCCUUUUGACAAUUGAAUUCCUCACCCGAUCAGCCCUUGCCUCCGUAGUUCCCAUUAAUACUCCAAGUCCCUUGUGUUGGAGUUCUCGGUGGUCUGAGCUGUCAUCUGUCAGAACGAAGAUGUCUGCUCCAUAUUUUCCCUCUCACGGUGGGACUUCUCCUUUGAGGGAGUGAUUUUAUUUGCAUUUAAUUAUCUGUACGUUCUAGAGGCGCCUGGGUGGUUUAGUCUGUUGAGCGUCUGACUUCAGCUCAGGUCAGGAUCUUAACGGUUUGUGAGUUGGAGCCCCAUGUCAUGCUCUGUGCUACGAGCUUGGAGCCUGGAGCCUGCUUCAGAUUCUGUGUAUCCCUCUCUCUCCGUCCCUUCCUCGCUCACACUCUGUUUCCCUGUCUCUCUCUCAAAAAUAAGUAAGUAUUUAAAACAAAGGACUUUAAUUAUCUCUAAGUUCUCUGUCUCUUCCUCUACGUGUAGUUGCCACGGGCUCAAGCUCUUUCUAUAGAUGUGAGCUCUUUUAUCAGUUUCUUCUGUAUUAAAUGUUUAUUUCCUCAGUGGUGGUUUGAAGUCAGUAGUAUUUUGUAUUUCCCAGUUAUGCUGAAGUCACGGGUUGUCGAUUGGUCAUUUUAUUUGCUCUCUGUAUGUUGAUCCUUAGAGGUAUUUGGAGGAUAGAUGGAGACGUUCCGAAUUUAGUAGCUGCCAUUACUCCUCAGACGUCAGAAUGCAGAUGUCUGGUUGUAGUCGUUUCCUCUCCUUUCUUCCACCAUGCCAGGCCUUUUGUUUCUUGUUUCCAUUUUUGUAUUUUCAUGUCUAACAGAAGAAAUCGAAAAAAUAAGUACUUGUAGUUAUUUUCUUCCUUGGAGACUAGACAAGAAAUCAAAAUCCGCUAAAACAUAGGGCAUUUGUAUAUAUGUUGGAUUCCAGAAGAAAUGUGUUAGUAUUUAUGUGUACGGUUAAUUUUUCCUAUCUUUAGAAGUCUGGGAAACUGAUCACAAGAAAGGAAGGAGCCGAGAAAACCAGCGUAAACCUAUGUGGGAAGUUGCAUUCAUCAGUAAGAAAACACUGACCAAGGAACGAGGUAAUGUAAUAGGAAAACCAUUUAACCUGGACACAAAUUCGUUUCCUUCCAGAGAAAGCCUCUGUCAGUGUGACUCAUAUGGAGUGAGUUUCAGCUGUAUUUCUGAAUUGUGUAUCUAUAUGAAAAACUAUUUAGGAAAAAAGACUGAUGAAUUUAAUGACUGUGGAAAAUUACUAGUCAGUAUUGAACACAAGAAAACUCCUACUAGCGAGAAAAGUGAAUUUUUUAAACAUGGGGAAACUUUCAGUCAGGAUGAGGACCCUGUUGAUUGUGAGAAGAUUCAAAGUGCAGAGCAAAAUUUUGAAUAUUACAUGUAUCAAGAAACCUUCCCCGAAAAGGCAACAUUGAGUACGUACAAGAGAGCGAUCACUGAAGAGAAUCACUCUGAAUGUAUUGAAUAUGGGAGAACCUUUUUUCCUGACUCCUCUUUCCUGUUACAUCACAUGAAUGCCUCCGAAGAGAAUCACUGUGGACUGCGUGGUUGUGGGAAAUCGUUAUGUGUGAAGUCUACCCUUUUGAAACCUCAUGGGGCACGUAUGAAACCCUCGGAGUGUAGUGAGAGUGGGGAUCGUUUCCGGGGGGAUUUAUGCCUUCCACAACUUGAAACAAAUCAUAAAGGAGAGAAACACUUUGAAUGCAAUGAAUGUGGAAAAGCCUUUUGGGAGAAGUCCCACCUCACUCGACAUCAGAGGAUACACACGGGAGAGAAACGCUUUCAGUGUAAUGAAUGUGGAAAAACUUUCUGGGAGAAGUCAAAUCUCACGAAACAUCAGAGAUCACACACAGGGGAGAAGCCCUAUGUGUGCAACGAGUGUGGUAAAGCCUUCAGCCACAAGUCAGCCCUCACGUUACACCAGAGAACACACACAGGGGAGAAACCCUAUCAAUGUAGUGCAUGUGGGAAAACUUUUUACCAGAAGUCAGACCUCACCAAACACCAGAGAACACACACAGGGUUGAAACCCUAUGAAUGCUAUGAAUGUGGGAAAUCUUUCUGUAUGAAUUCACACCUUACAGUGCAUCAGAGAACUCAUACAGGAGAGAAACCAUUUGAAUGUCCUGACUGUGGGAAAUCUUUCUGUCAGAAGUCACAUCUUACACAACAUCAGAGAACCCAUGUAGGGGAUAAGCCCUACAAAUGUAAUGCAUGCGGGAAAACUUUCUACCACAAGUCAGUUCUCACUAGGCAUCAGAUAAUUCAUACAGGGUUGAAACCUUAUGAAUGUUACGAAUGUGGAAAAACCUUCUGCUUGAAGUCUGACCUCACAGUGCAUCAGAGAACUCACACAGGAGAGAAACCCUUUGUGUGUCCUGAAUGUGGGAAAUUCUUCAGCCAUAAGUCUACCCUCUCUCAACAUUACAGGACACAUACAGGAGAGAAACCCUUCGAAUGUCACGAAUGUGGAAAAAUAUUCUAUAAUAAAUCGUACCUGAUAAAACACAAUAGGACACACACAGGGGAGAAACCCUACGAAUGUAAUGUAUGUGGGAAAACGUUCUGCCAGAAGUCUCAGCUCACUCAGCACCAGAGAAUCCACAUAGGAGAGAAACCCUAUGAGUGUAAUGAAUGUGGAAAGGCUUUCUGUCACAAAUCAGCUCUAAUUGUGCACCAGAGAACUCAUAGAGCAGAAAAGCCC